AUUAAAGUUUAAAACGCCUCUACAAUCUCUUAAACCGGAAAUGAUGUCAAAUUUGGUCAUACCGGAAAAAUACCCAUAGACAUUCGAUUUCAGUGAACAUGCCGAUUCGUAAAAAACGUGGAUCCACAUCUCAAUGACAGGUUGGCAUAGUUAGCAUUUCAUUUUAUUUCGUCAGAAAAAAAGGUGUAGGAACGGACCCUCUCCUCCUUUUCACAGUUGCGUUGGAGGCACUCAACAUGGCGGAAUCCAUCCGAAUUAACAGCCCAGAUGUCCGCUACACUGACGAGCAUAUCGAGGCGCAAUACGCUUACAACACUGCGGCGGUGUCAUGUGAUGAUGGAAAAUAUACGGUUACCCCCCGCUCAACCAGCUUCAUCUUCCGCACGGAGCGCGCGGUCCCCAGGUUAGGGGUCAUGCUGGUGGGCUGGGGGGGCAAUAACGGCACCACCGUCACCGCUGCAGUCCUGGCCAACCGGCUGGGCCUGUCCUGGAGGACCAAGGAGGGCGUGAAGAAAGCCAAUUAUUUUGGCUCCCUGCUUCAGGCCUCCACGGUGUGUCUGGGCUCGGGGCCUGACGGAGAGGUUAAUGUGCCUUUCCGGGAGCUUCUACCCAUGGUGCACCCCAACGACAUCGUGUUCGAUGGCUGGGACAUCUCCUGCAUGGAUUUGGGGCAGGCGAUGGAACGGGCCAAGGUGCUGGACUGGAGCCUCCAAGAACAGCUCCGGCCCUACAUGGCCCUCCUCAAGCCCAGGCCUUCCGUGUAUAUCCCAGAGUUCAUUGCGGCCAAUCAGGAACAGAGAGCUGAUAACCUCAUCACUGGAACCAAGGUGGAGCAGGUGGACCAAAUCCGCAAGGAUAUCCGGGACUUCAAGGAGAGGAGCGGCGUAGAUAAAGUCAUUGUGCUGUGGACCGCCAACACUGAGCGCUUCUGUGACGUCGUGCCCGGCGUCCAUGACACUGCGAACAACCUGCUGGCUGCCAUCCAGACGGGUCUGGAGGUGUCUCCCUCCACCCUCUUUGCGGUGGCGAGCAUCCUGGAGGGCUGCGCCUACCUGAACGGCUCCCCGCAGAACACCUUCGUCCCGGGGGCCGUGGAGCUGGCCGUGCAGAACGGGGUCUUCAUCGGCGGGGACGACUUCAAGUCCGGCCAGACCAAGAUCAAGUCCGUGCUGGUGGACUUCCUGGUCAGCGCUGGUAUCAAGCCCACCGCCAUCGUCAGCUACAACCACCUGGGCAACAACGACGGCAUGAACCUGUCCGCCCCGCAGCAGUUCCGCUCCAAGGAGAUCUCCAAGAGCAACGUGGUGGACGACAUGGUGCAGUCCAACCCUCUGCUCUACGCGCCGGGAGAGAAGCCCGACCACUGUGUGGUGAUCAAGUACGUGCCGUACGUGGGUGACAGCAAACGAGCCAUGGAUGAGUACACCUCAGAGAUCAUGAUGGGGGGCACCAACACCAUCGCCCUGCACAACACCUGUGAGGACUCCCUGCUGGCCAGCCCGAUCAUCCUGGACCUGGUUCUCCUGACCGAGCUGUGCCAGAGGAUCUCCUUCAGCACCGAGGCCGACCCGAUCUUCCAGAGCUUCCACAGCGUGCUGUCGCUGCUCAGCUACCUCUGCAAGGCCCCGCUUGUGCCCCCGGGGGCCCCCGUGGUCAACGCCUUCUUCCGCCAACGCUCCUGCAUCGAGAACGUCAUGAGGGCAUGCCUUGGUCUCCCACCUCAGAGCCACAUGCAGCUGGAACACAAGAUGCAGAGGAGCUGCCUACCCAACAACAACAAGCGAAGCCACAUCGCCGCACAAACUCCCAAGAGCACCGCUGUCCUGAAAAACGGGUACCACGCUCCCGUCCUGAACGGCAUCCAGCACAACGGCUUCGAGGCACAUCACUGGAGCACACAAACACCCUCCUAAAACACAGAUGUCUGUUACACUGUGGUAGUAGCUGUAGACAUACAGGAAUCCUUAACUGGCCUACAGAUUUCUGCAAAAGUCAUCGAACAUUCCUAGUUUAUGCACAACAACACUGAAAAACAUUGACUGUAUUGCUUUCCUGUUCGUUUGUAUAGUGGCAGUUAAAAUGUUCUUGAAUACAGAUUACAUAUUUUUGAGAUGGGAGACUACUACUGUUCUGUAAAUCGUAUAUAUUGCCACAACAAAGUCUUGAGUCAGUCAUUUAGUGUCUUCUCUGGGCUGGCUCCUGUUUAAAGUUAGUGGGGGAAAUCGGUCAUGUCUACCAUAGAUUAGUACUUCACCCGCAUUCUUUUCUUUGAGGUCAAAUAAGUUAUUGGAUGUUGGUGAUUUGUAAGACUUCGUUUACAGAUGUUCUCUUAACCUGGGAUACCAUGAUGAAUGAAGCACAAAAUAAAUCCUAACCUGACCAAA